UGCGUUUUUUGGAGAACAAAAUGGCGGUCGACAAAGGAGUGAUGGAUUUAGACUCGAAGAAUCACGACAGAAUCCAUUGGAAACCAAGAUGCAUUGACUACUGGACCAAGUGGAGAUCUUGUGUUGCAUCCACCAACCAAUUUCACAAGUAUUACCAAUAUGGCGAGUUUGAAAAUUGUGAUGUGUAUCAGGAAGAUUUGAAAAACUGCUUCCGGUGGAAGACAAGGAAAUCCUUCGACGCACUGGACAGUUUAAUUACUCGGAAACAAGAGGAGGAGGGAAAAAAGACGUCAAAAUUUGCUCACACAGUUUGGACAAAGAGAGAGAACCCAGAGAAAGAUUGGAAGUAAAGCAGACAGAAUGAUGCUUGCAGGUACAAACUACAAACAUUCUGCUAAAACAUUCAAUGAAAAGGCGUAAGGAUGAUGCUUUUUUAAUUGGAACAAUUCUCACAGCAACAUUGAGGACAAUUGGAACAAAUUUUGCAAAUUGUUCCAAUAAUUGAAAGAAAUAAUUGGAACAAUUAUCAAUAUAAUUGGAACAAUUAUCAAUUGAACAAAUAAUUGGAACAAUUAUUGCAGCAACAUUGAGGCAUU